AUGUUUGCAAGUUACCGUAUCGGCUGGUACGUCAAUGGAAAGGAUACUGAUUUGGCCCGAAGUGGCGAUGGAGCGGCGCUCCAUCGGGAUAGCGAAGAGGGCGCCGCGCGGAUGACUCCAGGUCUGCAGACGGACCACUUCGACAUGAACGAUCUCCCCCCCGCUGCGUACACGACGGACACGCGCAGAAUGCAACUGUACUCGCACGCACACAUUCAUCCGACGGAGCUGUCGAUUCACGCUGUAUCCACCCAUGAGUUACUGAAGCCAAAAGAAGAACCUACCUAUUCACUGGCUCCGUCAUCCAACCUUUGCUCAGUGAGCCUGCAACACACAGGUGCCUCGCCGUACGACAACCGGAUCUGCCUGCAGGAGAGCAAUGGUAUCGACACCUCCAACUCUCAGAGCAUCAAGGGCGACGAGGAGCUCUCGAGAGUGUACCAAACGCUCACGAUGCCAGUCCUCGCUAGGGAUGAGACGAAUAAUUCCAGCAACAGUAACGAAACGAAAAGUAAAUCGAAAGCCCCGACCCCUACAAGCCCUUCGGAAAUGAAACCGCAAUCGACCACCUCCACGUCGCAGGCAUUGACGAAGCCACCGUUCUCCUACGUGGCUUUGAUAACAAUGGCUAUAGAAAACAGCCAAUCCAAGCGGGCAACGCUGAGCGAGAUAUACGCUUACAUAACCAAAGAGUUCCCGUUUUUCGAGAAGAACAAGAAGGGCUGGCAGAAUUCGAUCAGGCACAACUUAAGCCUCAACGAGUGCUUCAUCAAAGUGCCGCGGGAAGGUGGCGGCGAGCGGAAAGGCAACUAUUGGACUCUGGAUCCGCAAUGCAGGGGAAUGUUCGAGGGUGGCAACUAUAAGCGGCGGCGCAGGAUGAAGCGACCGUUCAGGGCGACGCCCUAUUCAAAGACAUUGUUCGGUGACGGCUAUCACGUGGCCCACGUAGCGCAGCAUGCGCACAUGCAGUCUCUGCCUUUGGGCGCUAGGAAUUACUUCGGUUCAGGGGCGCCAUAUCCCCCGUCUUACCCGCGCUAUGAUACAACGUGGCUAACGCAGCCUUCUGGUGGCUUGGGCUACGCAAGUGCGUGCGGCGGCAUGGGUAGGAGUCCGCCAGGAUGCUCGCCCCAUAGUGCCCUGCCUCAUCAGUCCUCGCCCGUUUCCGUCAACCCGUUCGCAUCUCACCAGCUCCAGGGACAACUUCAAAGCCCCUUGCAGCCGAUGCAGUCCAUGUCGAUGAACACUUACAACCAAAUCGGUGUAAGCAUUGAUGGUUCUCCAAGCCCCGGCCCUGGGUACGCGCCGGCGGGAGGAUUUUCACCAACUCGACACCAUGACAUUGUGACGUCAUCGGACGCGGCUGCUUCGAGAUUUUCAUUUUGGCCAGAAGGAGGUUCCCCGGGCCCCAACACUUCUUUCGUGCCUACCGCCGGGUUCUCGCCGACGCGGCGCCACGAAGCGGUCACCUCAUCGGACACCGCCGGCACCCGGUUCCCGUUCUGGCCAGACGUUGGCGUUAAGGAGGAGGCAUCGUCAAGCUUGAUGUCGAACGGAACGCCAUAUUCUAAGUGUUUUAUG